AUUACACGUGUAUUGCAUCGACUGUUAUGUUAAUCACAAAUAACACAUAAAUUGUAAUUAAUUUAAUUAAAUCGCAUAGAAAUCAAUGGCCAAAGAGGUUACGUAUAGUAUACUACUUCCCACUUAUAAUGAGAGGGAAAACCUACCCAUCAUUGUGUGGCUUAUCGUCAAAUACAUGGAUCAAUGUGGUUACAAUUACGAGAUAAUCAUAAUUGACGACAAUAGUCCCGACGGCACCAUAGAAGUGGCCAAACAGUUACAAGACAUCUAUGGAGACAAUCGUAUCGUUUUAAGGCCGCGCGAGAAGAAGUUGGGUUUGGGAACCGCUUACCUCCACGGACUCACUCACUCCAGAGGCUCAUUCAUUAUCAUUAUGGACUCAGACCUCUCACACCACGUACGGCUCACACCCGCCAUACCAUUCCUCCGCUGUAGUCAACACACCAUAUGUGCAGAUAUGGCUAAAAGUGUGUUCACUAUAUCGAGGAUUUGUAUACAUUUUUGGCCCAAAUUCAUUCCGCAAUUCAUCGAAAAGCAGUCGAAAACCAAUUCAGAUGUCGUGACGGGAACGCGUUAUGCGGGCGAUGGGGGUGUGUAUGGCUGGGACUUCCGGCGCAAACUCAUCUCCCGGGGCGCCAACUACUUGACACAAGUGCUGCUGAGGCCGGGCGUGUCGGACCUGACGGGCAGCUUUCGCUUGUAUAAGAGGCACGUGUUGGAGAAGCUCGUGGAGAGCUGUGUCAGCAAAGGCUAUGUGUUUCAGAUGGAAAUGAUGGUCAGAGCCAACAGUCUGGGCUUCACAGUCAGCGAAGUGCCCAUCAGUUUCGUGGACCGCGUGUACGGCGAGUCCAAAAUGGGAGCGAUGGAGAUCAUACAGUUCGCCAGAGGCCUACUCUACCUCUUCUCCACUCUCUAAUGCCAUUCCCUUUCGGUUUUGUAUCACUUUUUUAAAGUG